CGCGCCUGGCGUGGAGCCGCAGUUUCCGCAAACAGAAUCGUGGUGCGCUGUGUUGAUGUUCAUGAGGUUUUAUCAUCAGUUCAAGUAAUUAGACAUGGAAAGUACUACAAAAGCUGUGAAAUGUGAAAAGAUGUCUCUUGACCAGGCAAAAGCAUCAGUAGGUUCUGAAGCAGAAUAUUCGUUCAGUAUUAAUGACAAUGCAACUGUACCUGAGACUGGGCUUUCUGAAAAGACUCCUAUCUGUGAUCAGAUAAACAUACCGAAAAAGAGAAAGGCAUUUGAAGAUGGUCUUGUAGAGGAAGGUUCCAGCAAUGAGGAGGACUCUCCAUCCAAGAAAAGCAUACCUGAUGUUGACGUUGUCCCAGAGGAAAAGGGUUCUGGUGAUGAAGGUGUUUCAAAGAAAAGAAAACUGGAAACUGAUGAUGUUUCAAAAGAUGAACCUUCCACUGGAGAUGGCACUCAGAAAAAGAGAAAAAGAGAACUGGAGGACAUUCCUGAGAAAAAUAAAAGCCUGGAUGAAGGACACAGCUCAGCAGUGGCUGCCCACUACAAUGAACUUCAGGAAGUUGGUUUGGAGAAGCGUAGUCAAAGUCGUAUUUUUUACCUAAGAAACUUCAAUAAUUGGAUUAAAAGCGUUCUUAUUGGGGAAUUUCUAGAAAAGGUACGGCAGAAAAAAACCCGGAAUAUCACUGUUUUGGACCUGGGAUGUGGUAAAGGUGGAGAUUUGCUCAAGUGGAGAAAGGGAAGAAUCAACAAGCUAAUUUGUGCUGAUAUUGCAGACAUUUCUGUCAAGCAAUGUCAGCAGCGGUAUGAGGACAUGAAAUGUCGUCGAGAUAAUGAAUACAUUUUUAAUGCAGAAUUUAUAACUGCUGACUGUUCAAAGGAACUUUUGGCUGACAAAUUUCGUGAUCCAGAAACAUCCUUUGACAUCUGCAGUUGUCAGUUUGCUUGUCAUUACUCCUUUGAGUCCUCUGACCAGGCGGACACGAUGCUCAGAAAUGCUUGUGAGAGGCUUAGCCCUGGAGGCUAUUUCAUUGGCACCACUCCCAAUAGCCUUGAACUGAUAAGACGCCUUGAAGCUUCAGAAACAGAAUCAUUUGGAAAUGAAAUAUAUACUGUGAAGUUUCAGAAGAAAGGAGAUUAUCCUUUAUUUGGAUGCAAAUAUGACUUCAACUUGGAAGGUGUAGUGGAUGUUCCUGAAUUCUUGGUCUAUUUUCCACUACUAACUGAAAUGGCAAAGAAAUACAACAUGAAACUAGUCUACAAGAAAACAUUUCUGGAGUUCUAUGAAGAAAAAAUUAAGAACAAUGAAAAUAAAAUGCUAUUGAAGCGAAUGCAGGCCCUAGAGCCAUAUCCUGCAAAUGAGAAUUCUAAACUUACCUCUGAAAAGGCGGAUGACUAUAAACAUGCUGCAGAGUACAUGAAGAACAGUCAAGUAAGAUUACCUUUGGGAACCUUAAGUAAGUCAGAAUGGGAAGCUACAAGUAUUUACUUGGUUUUUGCCUUUGAGAAGCAGCAAUGAGCACUUAAACAACUGUGCCAACUACCACUCCGUCCUUCACAGAUUGGAACAAUCCAUCUCAGAUAGAUUUGAUAGCUGUAUGUUUAAUAUAAAACUGACCGUAAAUGCCGCAGAAACUCCAUUGUAUAAAUUGAAUAUUUGUCUGUGACAGACUAACUUGGCGUGUAUAUAGAAGAAUGAUUUGAGACCUUCGUCUUUAAAAAUCUAUUUUUGAGUAGUGUUCUAAGAAUUCCCAUUCGUCUCUAUAGUCUUAGCGCAUAAAAAUGAUACUUGUUAAAGCAGCUGAUCUCUGCAGUACUGAUCGUUGAGUGUGUGUUUACAGAGCUGACUUAUGACAGCUGUAGAAUUAGCGAGAGCAGAUUGGCUUGCCAGUGUGCACUCAUGUUCAGUUUUGUUGCAGUGUUUUUCAAGAUAAGUAGAUUACAAUCUGUACGUUUGAAUGUACAGUAUAUAUUGCUAAAGUUAAGUUUAAAACUUGAUUUUAGAUGGUCAUAAAAGUUAUCUAGCUAGAAUUUUACCAAUUUAUUGCAUUUUUAUAAAAUAGCUGCCGAAUAUGCUGCAAUUCUAGAGUUAUUUAGAACAUUUUAGAUGGCAGCAUGGAAUUAUUUUGGAAUUUUUUGGCUUUGAAGAAUUUCCUACCAUAGCAGUUACUGUAUUGCUAUUUAAGGUUGUAAUUAGACAUGUUGAUUUUCUUCACUGAACAAUGAUGCUGUGCUUAAUUUAGUGGUUUUGUGAAAAUCUUCUUUGAUUUUUUUCAGAUGUACACAUGGCGCUGUAAGGAAGCGGUAGACAGACUUCAGGUUGAUUGUCACUAGUGUUAGGCAGGUUACUGAUGAGGAGCCCUUCAGUCCAGGGUCAGCAAUGCCUGUUGCUCUCUCUGUUGCAUAGUCAGUACUUUCAUUGUCUAAUUGCCAUUCAAAAGUCUGUUUGCCAUUUCAGCACCACUAUAAUUAUCAUUAAAAUUGUCACAGUUAUGUAAUUAA